AUGGUCGCGCACAAGGGCCGCAGCUUCAGGACGUCCGUCGUGAGCAUGGGCCUGCGCACGGGUAUCGUCGGGCUCCCCAACGUCGGCAAGUCCACCAUGUUCAACGCGCUAACGGAGUCGUCUGGAGCACAAGCCGCAAACUUCCCCUUCUGCACGAUCGAGCCCAACACGGGCGUGGUCGAGGUGCCGGACCCGCGCCUCGCGGUGCUCUCCGAGAUCUCCAGCACGAAGAACACCAUCCCCGCGGUCGUCGAGUUCGUGGACAUUGCGGGCCUUGUUGAGGGCGCAUCCAAGGGCGAGGGGCUGGGGAACAAGUUCCUGGACGACAUCCGGAACGUCGACUGCAUCGUGCACGUCGUGCGGUGCUUCGAGGACGAGAACGUCGUGCACGUGUCCGGGCGGGUGGACCCCGUGCAAGACUCCCUGGUCAUUAACGGGGAGCUCGCGCUGUCGGACUACGCGCAGAUCGAGCGCCGGCUGGAGCGCAUGAAGAAGCUGGGGAAGAAGGAGGACCCGAAGAAGCUGGCGCUCGAGGAGGGGGCGCUGAAGCGGAUCAUGGAGGCGCUCGAGGAGGGGCUCCCGGCGCGGUCCGUGGAGCUGACGAAGGAGGAGGCCGAGCUCGUGAGGAACCUGAACUUGCUAACGAUCAAGCCGAUGAUCUACGCGGCGAACGUCGCCGAGGACGACCUCGCGGACAAGGGCGCGAGCAACGAGCACGUCACGGCCCUGCGCGCCCGGGCCGAGGAGGAGAACCAGAGCGUGGUCAUCAUGUCGGCGAAGGUCGAGGAGGAGCUGGUCGACCUGGACGAGGAGGAGCGCGCAGAGUUCCUGGCGGAGCUCGGCGCGGAGGAGGGCGGCCUGAAGAGCCUCAUUCGCGCGGCGUACAGCGCGCUGGGGCUGCAGACGUACUUCACCACGGGCGAGAAGGAGACGCGGGCGUGGACCAUCCGCAAGGGCAUGACUGCGCCGCAGGCUGCGGGGGUGAUCCACACGGACUUUGAAAAGGGGUUCAUUCGCGCCGAGACGGUGUCGUACGACGACUUCGUGGCCUGCAACGGGUACGGGAAGGCGAAGGAGACGGGCAAGCUGCGGCUGGAGGGCAAGGAGUACGUCGUGAGCGAAGGGGACGUGCUGCUGUUCCGGUUCAAUGUCUGA